AUGUCGUUACUCGAGUUUCCACCUUUUGACGACACUGAGGCUUCAUAUUGUAUCCAGGAGUUGAAUGGACGGCUAAUCUAUGGUUCAAGAGAUGAGGUUGAAUUGGCAUCUAGAAGUGAACUGUUACAUAAAUAUCCAGUUCUUGACAAAAGUCAUCUACACUCUCUUGAGCAUGCGUUGUCCAGAGAUAACGUUCAUCGAGUUUUCAGCGAUGAUAGGAGUAACCGACUAGCUGAAGCGUAUGACGCUUGGCAGAAGAAAGGCGCCAAGGGCGUCUGGGGUUACUUAACUGAUUUAUCGGAAGGUACCAGCUUUGAAUGGCCUGUUGCGAAAGUUGGAAACAUGGUAAAAAGAGCCGAAGAGGGGUUUAAAAAGGUCUUUGUUAGUUCGCAGGAGAAUAUUCGUGAUGUUAUAGCGAACACGACAGAUGUACUCCAUUGGGAAUCUAAUUGGAUUCGAUGCAUCGCCUGUAGCAGUGACGGUGACCGUCUUGCUGUUUGCCAACUUAAUGAUUACGUUCGCGUUUACCUUUGCGACAGUAUGAAGAAGGCCCCUAUAACAUUAAAACACCCUGCACAAAAGGACGUGACUGAUAUGGCUUGGAAGCCAUUUGACCAGUUUGCUUUAGCUGUUGCAUGUGGUACAGUCAUUAUCGUGUGGCGAUUCGCUCAACAAAGACUUGCGAACAGAAUCUUCGAAGCUGAUCCAUCAUUCAGAGUUUCUCCCCAAUGUGCCCAAGUUUUGGAACUGCCACAGGCGUUCUGUCCAGCGACUCAAUGCGUUUGGGAUAAAUCGUUAUCUGCCACUCUGUUCGCAACUUCUCCUUCGUCAUCCCAAAUUUUGAUAGUAGACACGACAACUAAUGACAGUCAAACAAUAGGAAAUUGGUUUGGCGAUCGAAUAAAACGCAUAUAUGUGUCACCGGAUGGUUCUAGUAUUCUUGUUACCUGCCAUUCUAAUAUAAUCAAGGUUUAUGAUCGAAAUACCUGGAAAUACGAAAGUUGGAGCAAAUUAAAAGGUGUGUGCACUUCUGCUGUUUGGUCUCCGGAUAACACGUAUUUCUUUUUUUCUUGUAAAGGGGAGCCGCUUAUACGAGCAAUACGGUUUGUUACUCGAGCUGAGACGUCUGGAGAUGGGGAACAGUUACAGUUUCGUCAUGGAAUGUUCGAAGCUUCAGUAGUCUUUGAUGUGCAGAAAGUCGUACAAGAUACGUCUGACAAUAGCGAAGUUUUUUCCUUUGGAGGGGAUGUUCGGAAUAUGCAAAUGUCUCCUGAUAGUCAAAGGCUUGCAAUUUCAUUCAAAAGCAACUGUGCUGUUGUUGCGCUAUUUAUCGUUGAUGACAGACCAAAGAUUCGUUUAACUCCAUGUGGCCUCAUUGUUGGACAGUCAUUCGGAGACGCUUCCUUGAUGCUGUUUUUACCGAAAUUUCCAUAUGGCUCUAUGCUUACAAUAGUACAUCUUUGUUCUAUUUUUGGCAUGGUCCAGUACAUACCGCUUUUGUAUGGUUCAACUGCUGAGGUGAAUUCAAAAACUGUUAGGUUACUCCCAGCUUCUUCGGGUUCAGCGAGUGAUGCAUACGGUGACGAAGCUUCAUUGAAGAGCUCAUUGUCUGAAACUCCUGGAGAUGUUGACGAGUUUCUAGACGAUGGGUUACGGCAGGAUAGAACGAGAUCUGACUCUCUGGAGUUAUUCACAACAGCAGGACUUUAUGAUCAACUUAUGACUAGGUCAUUGGAAGGGAGAAGUGACGUUUAG